AGGCCCUGACAGACCCCUCGCCCACUCGCACCUCAAUCUCGGACCCUGCCCGCUACGACUCGCGCUUCUUGGCGUUGGAUGGUCCCUUGAGCCCUAAUUAUUUUCAUCGCUGCAGACAUCGCCGUGCCCACGACACCACCCGCCAUGUAUUCCACCUACGACCAGCAGUCGUCGCGGUCGCCCGGCUCGCACCGCAACCAGCCAGGCACGCUGAACAGGAUGCCCUCGCGCCAGUUCGAUGCCUACCAGCAGCAGCUCAACCAGAGCAGCCUGUACCCCCAGCAGGACGACCACCAGCGGGGCUACGACCAGCCUCGCAACUACAACGAGCGCCUCAACCAGACCGUCCAUGCGGGCUACGGCUACGACAUGGGCGCCCAGCAGGGCUGGAACACGAAUGCCUUCUCCCAAAACGGCCUGGGGUCGAUUGGCGGAGCUGCUGGCCAACGCAUGAAGUCGCAGACGCGCGGAGGCGGACGGAGUGCGCUGCCGGCCGGCUGGAUGGAGCCACCGCCGCCGCAGCCCCAGGGCUUGCCUAGCUUUACCCUCCCCGGCCUGGGUAACGGAGCUUCGAGCGCCAUGCUCAACACCAGCUACGGCCACGACGUCGACGAGGAGCUCAUCCCCACCGCCAUCGUCAUCAAGAACAUCCCCUUCGCCGUCAAGAAGGAGCAGCUGGUGCAGCUGAUGACAGACCUGCGUCUGCCCCUGCCCUACGCCUUCAACUACCACUUUGACAAUGGCGUCUUCAGGGGUCUGGCUUUUGCAAACUUCACCACCGCCGAGGAGACCGCUGCCGUCAUCGAGUCGAUGAAUCACUUCGAACUGAACGGCAGGAAGCUGCGCGUCGAGUACAAGAAGAUGCUCCCUCUUGCUGAACGGGAGCGUAUCGAGCGUGAGAAGCGUGAGCGCCGAGGCCAGCUCGAGGAGCAGCACCGACCGCUGGGAGGACAACUGCACUCGCAGCCCUCCUUCGGCUCGCUCGCAUCACACUCCCAUAUUCCUGCUGCGUCUCCAUCGCCUGUCUCUGCUAUGCGCCAGCAGAAGAUUGACGUCGACCUAAACGAUCCACAAAUCCUGCAGUUCUACUCACAGCUGCUCCUGUUCAAGGAGUCACCUGAGCGCGACAGCAUGACCUUCCCUUCAUCCUUGGCACCCCCUCAACGCCGCAUCAUCCACACCCUAGCCCAUCAGCUUGACUUGGCCCACGUGUCGAAGGGCUCCGGCGACACCCGCCAGGUUCACAUCUUCAAAGUACACAACCAAGGCCUAAGCCCGCCUAUGCCCCAGAUGCCCACCAGCCACCCCACCGAGCAGCCAGGACGUCGCGGCCUGAAUCGCGCUGCGACCACAGACUUCAGUGAUGUUCGUGCAUCUGAAGGAUUCUACAAUGCUUUCGGCAGGCAGGCUUCGGGUCUGCUCGGUUUCCCGGAUUCUCCAGGCGGCCUGAACGCAGUGCCCAACCUUCGAGGUGCCAAGUCGUAUGCGGAUCUCCGCUCUUACACUCCUUCGCCUGCACCCUCAACAGCGAGUCACCCGGUCGGACGUCCUGGUGGUAUCUCUCUGGAAGGCCUUGGAUUCAGCGGCAGCAACACGAACCCCAACGGCACACCAACAGCAGGCUCCAUGUCCCAGCGUGACGACGGACUACUUGAGAGACAACUUGAGCGCAUGACACUUGGACAAACCUUCAAUCAGAGCGGCAGCAGCCCCCGUUCAUUGCGCCAGAUGACAUCAUGGGAGAAUCCCGGUCCUAUUGGCGGCCACCGCGCCUUCAGCUCCAACUACGACGACCGCCCAUCGAGGCAACCCCGUGGCCCGCUCCCAGAACGAGGCCAGGGUUUUAGUCGCCCGCGCCAGAAUGGCCACCAAGGCCGCGGCAGCGACGAGCUCUCCUCGCAAUCGAAUGUUGAGAUCCUCGUCGGCCAGUGAGCAUCCUAUACACACGCAUUGCAACACGAUCCACGCCACGACAACGUAACGCACCUACCGUUCAUUGAAUCGACACGAUCUGCGAACAACCCACUAUGAAAGACGAUGACGUUUACGGCCAGCACAGACGGCACCCACAGCACAGGAUUGACUUUACGACGUACGACGCAUACGAAGAAUGAUGCUACGAGGG